AAGCGGACAGUGACGUCUCCUGUGAGUCAGUGAGUCAGGUCUGAAACGAUGAAGCUGCUGAGUGCCCUGCUCGCCGUCACUGUUGCUUACCACUUGGCCGAUGCCACUUUGUCAAAGACCGACACCAAGAAGGCUGCUUCCAAGUCACUUGAGACAAAGACUCGCCUGUCUGAUGUUCCUGUGCAGUCUCGAGGGUUGGUUACCACUGAUGUCAAGGCAAAAGACAUUGUGCUGGAUCACCAAAGCUACUGCAGCAAAAAGGUGAAGGAGCGCCAUGUUUCUGGGGAUGUACUGGGAUAUGUCACACCGUGGAAUGGCCACGGAUAUGAUGUCGCGAAGACAUUUGCAUCGAAGUUCACCCUCAUGUCUCCAGUGUGGUUGCAAAUUAGAAGAAAAGGUAGACAGUCUUACCAGGUGACCGGACUGCAUGAUAUUGACCAAGGAUGGAUAAAAGACAUUAAAAAGAAUUCUAAGAUUACACGGAUUGUCCCGCGGAUCCUGUUUGAUAGCUGGACAUACCAGGACUAUGAGAGUGUUUUCAGCAGUGAAGAUGAAGUCGAAGACCUGUCAGAGGCUUUGGUCCAGACGGCGAAGGAUGAACAGUUUGACGGCUUUGUGGUAGAAGUUUGGAGUCAGCUGGGAGGACAGAAGAGACUGGAGCUGGUUCACAUUUUGACACACAUCGGGCAAGCACUUCACCAAGCCAAGCUUCAGUUCAUUCUGGUUAUCCCUCCUGCAGUAGCACCAGGAACUGACCAGUUGGGCAUGUUUGGGAAAAAGGAAUUUGAUCUUUUGGCUCCCAUUGUUGACAGCUUUAGCCUUAUGACCUACGACUAUUCAAACCCACAGAGACCAGGUCCUAACUCCCCAAUUUCAUGGGUCCAGGCGUGUGUACAGAUUCUAGACCCUGAAUCAAAAUGGAGAAAGAAGAUCCUCCUUGGCUUGCACUUCUAUGGGAUGGACUAUUCUGCUCUUGGCGCAUCUGGUGAACCAAUUCUGGGGAGCCGGUACAUUGAGAUACUGAAGGAACAUAAGCCGAAGAUUCUGUGGGACCAGCACAUCGCAGAACAUUACCUGGAAUAUAAAAAAAAUAAAGGAGGAAAACAUGCCGUGUUCUACCCAACUCUGAAGUCCAUACAGGUGCGACUGGACCUUGCGAAGAAGCUGGGGACGGGAAUAUCUAUCUGGGAGCUGGGACAAGGCUUGGACUACUUCUAUGACCUUUUAUGAUGUUAUAAGCCAUUGAAUAACAAGAGUGUAAUUCUUCUAGGAACUGAUGUGUUGAUUAAAAGGAACACAGAUGAUGUAGAAGCUGGAAGUUCAUAUUUUGUGCGAUUCACAUAAUAUGGGUCUGAUGUCCCUAGUGCCCCCAUAAGCUCCAAAUUCGUCAUGUCUUCACUUUUUCGUUAACUGAAUGUAGUCUCUUCUGUUUAGUGAGAUCUCAAUCCCCCUCCCUCCACACCACCCCCA